GGAAGUCAAUCUGUGAAACAACUGCAAUUGGUCGUGUCUUCCUCAAUUCCACAGUGUCACAAACACCGAGGAAAGACUGGACAGCUGUGGAGGAGAAUGUAUUCUACACUUCCAUUUAGGAUACACCUUCAAGCCCGAUUGAAACACGGACAUUAUCAAUAAACCUGAGCCAUUUUCAGGUUUACACACGUCUUCCUGGUUGUUUCUGUCUUUUUCUCUUGGAGUUUUAUCUGAAGAUUUUUUAUAUUAUACUAAAAUACAAUGAAGAUUAACUGGAUUGCUGACCACGUACAAAGGAACUCAGGAUAUCUUUAUAAAACUGGGAUAGAGGUCUGGACCUACUGUCAGAAGAAUCUGCUGCCCAGGAUCCAAGAAGGCACUCUAGAAGCUUGGAUUGCUUAUUCCACACCAGCACCAUCAAAUUACCGUCAACUUUUAUCCUUAUUUCUGACGUGCUGUUGCAUUGCUGGAUCAGUCGGAGGCCUCUUCUAUUGCUGGAUGUUUUCCUCACUCCAGUAUUCAUCCCAGUUCUCUGCUGCAGCUUCCCUAGUCACUGGCCUGGUAGUUUUGUGGACCCUCUUUUUGGUUCACCCUGCCCGUUGCAUGUUCACUAUAAUUGGGCCUACAUUAGGGACUAGACAAGGGCGGAGAUUGCUCCUCUCUGCUUGCUUCGUGACUGUAGCUGUCAAUAUCAUUCCAAACAUCAUGGGCAACAUCCAGGCCAUACUACAGAUCAUUAAAUGCAUAUGCAAGGAUUCUUCUGAGAGCCUUCUGGCCUCCACCUUUUUGCUAAGCAAUGCUUCACUGGACUUCAGUCAUUCUCUCAGGGAGGUGCCGGACAAGUUGCCUGACAAAUUAUGGACUCGGAGGGACAGCCAUAUCCAUUUUAAAACCCAGAACAAUAACUUCUUACUUCAUCAGAAAAUGGCCAGUGCUAGCCAAGGAAUCAAGGAAGAUUUCAUGCAAGCUGAAGUGGUUGUCCAGAAGGUCAUGCUGUUGGCCAACCGGGUAUCUGCUGGCUUCUUCCUUUGCUGUCUCAUAUAUGAAUCAGCUUGGUACUUGAAGAGUUAUCUCACUGAUCUCCAAUUUGAUAAUAUUUACAUUACUCAAAAACUAGAAGAUUUGCUUCAAGAGAAGAGAGCAACUCACUUGCUGGCUUAUUCCUCUGGGAAGCUGAUCAAAUCAACUGGUCUCAAGCUAACUCGAGAAGAAAUCAUGACUUAUUUAACCCACAUUUUCCUUCUUACCUUGGUGCUGAUGUUGACGGUGAUAACCAUAGCAACAGAUUAUAUUGCCUUCCAUUUGGCUCAAGCAGCUGUGACUGAAAUCACUCAGCUCCCCAUAGUGCCAGUUAGCUUCCAGAUAAAAUAUGACGUGAAGCUAAAUUUUUUACCAUUUUUGCCAUAUGUUCUUAAUAACAAUAUUCAUAUGGAGCUGUCCAAAUCAUCAUUUCAAAGGAGUUACCAUCAUAAUCUGACCUUUGUCUCUGCUAACUGCCCCAUAAGAUACCCAAAUUCCCCAAACACAGGUGUGAUCCUUGCUGUUGGGCUCCUCUACUGCCUUAUCCAUGUCAUGGUAUUUUUGGAAAUGUACUCACAUAGACUAUGCCGAAAAAUUGCAGCUUCUUUUUUUGAGAACCAAGAAGACAAUAGAGUCCAAUACCUCUACAAGAAGCUUGUUUGGAAGCAUGAGACAAAAGAGAAAGAAGGACAGCAGAAGGAAUCAACAACCGCAUUUUGAUGAACUGCUGGAUGGGAAGUGUGAGUGUGCUUUGUUUAAUGAUAACAUGAAAAUAAUCAUAUGAUGUUAUGGACCUUCAUUGUGAGCUCACAUCUUUUUGGCAUGAUUAAUUCUCAUGGAAUUCAGGGGGAAUUGAUGGAUUGGAUCCAGACUUGGUCACACUUUGUACCUAUUGAAAUCGAUAAGAUAUAGUUUGAUCAGGAGUAACUUAAGACCCAUUUGUUUUUAUUAAUCUAUAACUUCAAAUCCAAAUCCAAAUCAUGGCAUUCUGAAUAUGUUGUCAUCAGUCUUCAGUUGCCCAGAAAGCAAAUAAUUUCAAGGCCUCUUAGUUCAUGAUGUUUUAUCAAACUUGGAUACAUUCUGUCAUCUUUUUUCAUACAAAAAACAUCAUCUAAAAACAGCAAUCUUAUAGGAAAAUCUCUCACUAUUUGCACUCUGGAGGGCCAAUGUGAUAAUGCUGUGCCUCCCAAAAUGUGUCCUGCCACCUGCAACUGAUUUACUAAUUGCUAAGGGCUAAAUGACUCAAAGCUAUGGUUUUUCCAGUAGUGAUGUAUGGAAGUGAGAGCUGGACCAUAAAGAAGGCUGACCGCCAAAGA